AUGACCAUAGCACCCACCUGGAUCUCACACUGUGAAGCCUCAACAACAUCUGGUACUGGCUCCAGGGAGACAGAAAACCAGAUGAGUGAUUCCACAACAGAACAGCAACAAUCUGCUGUGAAGAUCCUGGAGAGGGAGCAAUUCUAUCUCAAACAGAUAUUCAACUGCAGGGUCUGCUGCAAGAACACAGUGAAGGACCUCUUCCUACCCUGUGGGGAACUCGUGGCAUGCAGUGACUGCUCCAAGCUGCUUACUCACUGUCCUUCCUGUAACAAAAAAAUCCUGGCCACAGUGACGACAUACUUCAGCUAA